AUGCAGUGCCCUGCGGUGCUCAUCACCUCCAGGCAGGUCCAGAAUGUCCACACGGGCCUAGACCUGACCGUGCCCCAGCACCAGGAGGUGCGGGGCAAGAUGAUGUCAGGCCACGUGGAGUACCAGAUCCUGGUGGUGACCCGGCUCGCUGCAUUCAAGUCAGCCAAGCACAGACCUGAGGAUGUUGUCCAAUUCUUGGUCUCUAAAAAGUACAGCGAGAUUGAGGAGUUCUACCAGAAACUGAGCAGCCGAUACUCCCUGGCCGGCAUCCCUGCUCUGCCCAGAAAGGUCUUGUUUGUUGGGGAGUCUGACAUCCAGGAAAGGAGAGUCUUGUUUGAUGAGAUUCUGCGCUGUGUCUCCAAGGAUGCCGAGUUGGCAAGCAGCCCGGAGCUGCUAGAAUUCUUAGGCACCAGGUCCACAGGGAGCAUGGAUCUCAGCAACAGAGAGAUCUCUGUCCUGGAUGCUGAUGAUGGGGAGAAUUUUGAUUUCUUUGGGCAGCAGGAUGGAGUGACAGGAGAGGAUCUGCUGACCCUGGACCUAAAGAGCAAGGAUGCUGGAAAACCCUUGGAAGAGGAAGAAGAGGAAGAGGAGGAAGUGGCACUGGACCCUCUGGGAAUCAUGCGCUCCAAGAAGCCCAAGAAACACGUGGAAGUGGCCACCAAACCUAAGGCCAAGCCCGCACCCCGGCUCACCAUCUUUGACGAGGAGGUGGACCCUGAUGAGGGGCUCUUUGGCCACAGCAGGAAGCCCUACCCACAAGGCCCCAAGGAGGAUUUAUCCCCUGGAGAUCCCUUGAAGCUGUUUGAUGACCCUGACCUUGGCGGGGCUGUACCCCUGGGUGAUCCCUUACUGCUACCUGCCGCCCAUGAGAGCAGAGGGCCUGCGUCCAGCCUGGGCCAGAGGGACCGCUCUGAGGAGCUCUUCAGAAUUGAAGAGGACUUAGACCAGAUCCUGAACCUGGGAGCUGAACCUCAACCCAAGCCUCUGCCCAAACCCAAACCCAAGCCCAAGCCCCCGAUAGCAGCGAAGCCUGCGUUGCCCAGGAAACCAGCUGUGCCCCCAACAGCAAGCCCGUCGGAAGCCAUGGCUGUACAGCGGAAACAGCAGCAACAGAUCCAAACCAUGGACGCGAUGGACAUCUUGCAGUACAUCCAGGACCACGAAGCACCUGGGCAGACUGCCCCCAGCCUCUUCUGA